ACACACGGCUGGUUACUCAACAGUUGAGCUAAGUACGUAACACUGGCAAUGGCAACACGCUGGGGGAUAUGCAGUGCAGGCAAGAUAAGCCAUGACUUCUCGGUUGCUUUACGGACCCUACCUCCCGAGGACCACAAGAUAGUGGCUGUUGCUGCAAGGGACCUGCAGCAUGCUCAAGAAUUUGCCAAAAAGCACAACAUCCCUCGAGCAUAUGGAAGUUAUGAGGAGCUGGCACAAGAUCCGGAUAUUGAUGUGGUGUACAUUGGCACCAUCCAUCCAUACCACCUGAGUACUGGUAAGCUCUUUAUGAAGUCCAAAAAGAAUGUACUCAUCGAGAAGCCCUUGGCCAUGAAUUCAAGCGAGGUGCAAAAACUGGUCACUUCAGCCCAAGACAACAGUGUCUUUCUCAUGGAGGCAAUCUGGACACGUUUCUUCCCUGCAUCCCUGGAAGUGAGGAGACUGCUAAGCCAGGGUGAGGUGGGUGACGUGCAGAUGGUAAGGGCUGACCUGGGGGCUCCUCUCACCCACAUCCCCCGCCUGGCUGAGAGGGAGCUUGGAGGAGGGGCACUGCUUGACCUGGGCAUCUACUGUCUGCAAUUUAUCUUCUUGGUCUUUAAUGGUGAAAGGCCUGAGUCCAUUCAAGCCACAGGACAUUCCAUAGAUACAGGUGUUGAUGGAACUGUAGUUUUGGUCCUGAAGUUCUCCGGAAACAGACUUGCCGUUUGCACUUGUUCCAUCACUAUGAACCUGACCUGUGAUGCUGUUAUCACUGGAACCAAAGGUGUCAUUAAGGUACCCCACCAUAUGUGGUGCCCCACAACCUUGGAGGUGAAUGGUCAAGAGACAGAGUUCCCCCUGCCUGAGGCUGGCAUGCCACUAAACUUCACCAACAGCACAGGUCUACGAUACGAAGCUGAGGAGGUCCGUCAGUGUCUGCUGAAAGGACUGAAAGAGAGUCCAGGGAUGCCGUGGGCUCACUCCAGCCUGUUGGCAGAAGUUAUAGAUGAUGCCAGAAGACAGCUGGACGUGACAUAUGACCAGGACAACAUCCAGUGAUAUAUUCUCAGUGAUGAACUCUCAUUUCAUUUUGUUGUUUGUGACAUGAUUUUUAAACAGCGUACACUGUACUAAUGUAGCUACUCAGGUAGCAACUGUUGAGCUAUACUUAUUAAAACCAACCAUAAAUUAGCCUUAACUGUACAGUAUGUCCUACAUUCACUGUAAACUCAAUUCUGAAUGAAUUUUCAUAGCACAGUAAAACUUUCCACUUUCAGCAAAUAAAUGGGAAAAUAGCCUUCCAGUGUCAAACUACAGAGGCGGUCCAACAAAAUAUUAGAGUGUGUGACCUCUUUUUUGGUGGUGCCUUUUUUUUUGGCCAGGCAGUGUAUAUUAGAAGUAAACCCUGUAUGAGCCAGUCUGCAGUCUUAGAUCCUCAGGUGGGGCCCUUCAGGCUCUUCCAAAGUGGAGGCUGAAAUCUAAAGUUGACUGCGCUUUC